CGGCCUGACUUGAUUUCAUCAAUGUUUCUGUAGGGGCCUGGAGAAGCGGGCGACAUUAGUCUUUGAUAGUGACUCGCACACGGGAUCCCCCCGCCACUCGACUGGAAACUCAAACCGGCCUCGUUUCUCUCGAGAGGGGGGAAGAAAACUUGGCAGAUGGGAGUGUCGAGAAGAUUAAAUAUCGCGGAGCGAACUCUCGGGAGAGGUCGCGUUGGGCUGGCUCUUGUCUCUGUUUUCAACCGUGGUGCAACAGAUACCUUGUUCCGGAUCCUGCACGACAAGUAAUUAUCACACAAAACAGUCACCAAAGUCUCUGGUUGCCAUGCUGUUCAAAGUUUUCACGUCCGCCGUAUUGGCCUCGCUGGCCUUCCAGCCGGCCGGCGCUGUGCCCGCGCCUCAAGAAAACUCAGUAAUCAACCUCGCCGCGUUGGUGAAGGCGGAUCACCCGGAGGCGUACGCCGCGUUCUUGAAGGCGCCCAAGAUCACCCUCGAUGGUGCUGUCCGGAAGCGUCAGGCAGUGCCCGGGGACGGCAACCCCGAUCCAGACCGGCCUCUGGUCACGCCCGAGAACAUAUUCCUUCUUCAAUGCUCCGACGCCGGCUUCCUGGGAGAGUGCCUCUCCUUCGGGGCCCCUCCCGGACGAUGCGUGAGUUAUUCGAGCUUCAACAGGAAUCAGACUUUCAUCGACAAGUACGACAACCAGACGACUUCAUUGAGCACAAACACCGGCGGUCUCUGCCAGUUCUACAAGUUCACCGGCUGCAACAACAAGGGCGACGACCGGGGUGUUUCUCUCGGUUAUAACUUCAACCUCGCCGAGGCCAACGACGAGGGCUAUUCCGGCGAUUACGACAACCAAAUUAGCUCUUGGAGAUGCUGACCAUAUGGUCGGAUUGGAAUGGCUUUGUAGCUCAACAAUGGUCACCAAACUGUAUAUCUCAAACAGCUGUUUUUCUUUGCAUGUUUAUCACUGUAGAUACCGAACUAAAUUAGCACAUGUUGAAAGUUUGACGCCGAGGGG